AGGGAUUUACCCCCAGAAAUUCAAAAGGUGAUAAUGUCUGUGAAGAAGACUUUCGAGAUGGUCUCUCUUUGCUUUCUAGUGCUACUGAUGCAGCCUUCUUUUGUGUCUACAUUUGGUUGUCAGCACAAUAGCUGUUCUGAGAGGAUAUCUCAUUCUUAUGCAUAUAACGCAGUGAAAGUGGCGAAUGAGAGUGAAACCGAGUAUGAGAACUUUACAUUUCCUGUGAACGCUACUGUAUAUGCUACUGCUAGUAGCAAUGCUAGUUUUUAUGCAUCAAUUCCAAAAGACUAUAGUAACCACUGUAGGUUGAGGACAUUUGAAAGUGAUUGUUGGGCCAGUAAGCAGUGCCACGGACCAAACCGUAAGAUAUUACUGUAUGAAGAAGAAAGGCAAAAGGUUAUAGAAUAUAAAUUUUAUAAUCUAACUGUUGCACAAGAUGGAACAAGAAUAGACAUAUGUGCUCACUGCGGUGGCCCUGGUGGGUCAUAUGUCUGCUUCCCUCCAGUCUACCUUACAGUUAACGGCCCUCCUGUUAACUUAUCGAACUAUGUAUCAGUAAAGGUGACAUCCCAUGGGAUCAUGAUCACUGGGAUCAUCGAUACUGACACCGAACUAUUAAUCAUUAUUAAGAAUACUAAUAAUGAAACUGUCUAUGAAGAAACUGUACAUACUUUACCAUUUGUUGUUAGUGGAUAUGAAAUUGGUAGCAAUUUUGAUCCAGCAGCAAACUACACAGUAGUUAUAACUGGCAAAAACCCUGCCGGUACAGGCGAAACAUUGCAGCACAAUGUUUCGUUUAAAAACUUUAUUUCAUUCAAUGUAAGUAGUGUAAACUUAGGAAUAGUUGAUGAUCAGGCAGAGGCUAUCAUUAACUUAACAUUUAAUCGCUCGCGUCCUUUAUCAAUACCACAAAAGAUUAAAGUGGAAUCUGAUUGCAUGCAUAAAGGACACAAGAACGUUAUUCUUAAUAAAUCAAAUAGUCUAAGAAUACCGCUUUUAAGAGGGACAAAAAACUGUGUUUUAAAAUUGUCUUCUGGAGGCAAACAGGAAUCAAUAAACAUUAGUCUACAAAUAAUUCAAAAUUUAUCAAUUUCUUCUUGUAAUGGAGGAUAUUUUGAAAUAAAGGCAAAACUUUUGCCCGGAGCAACGGGCAUUGUCAUGAGAGUACUUGAUUCUCAAAAGAACCUUUCAUUUCGACAAGAAAUAAAGUGUGAUGAUGAAGGCUUAAUUGUCGCUAAUAGUUCAGAAAAACUUGAACCAGGCAAUUACACUGUUGAAAUUCAUUAUCUUAAUGGAGAUAGAACUAUUGAUAACUCAUCUACAAAUUACUUCAAUCUCAGUUGUAGUACAGAUGAUGUAUUAAGUACUACUGAUCCUCCUUCUACUAAUAUUCCAGUGACUUCAAUAGUAAUAGUGUGUGUUAUAACGGCAAUAGUAGCAACUAUUGUCAUUAUUGUAGUAAUAAUAGUAUUAAUAAAGAUAAAGUCUAAAAAAAGUAAAUACACUGUAAGUGACAAAGGAGUUACAUACUCUGCUAAGGAUGUGACUAUUGUAAUUGAAGAUUUGGAGCAGCAAAAAAGUGAAACUGAAGUGGAUAUACCAGCACCUCACUCUGUACCUGUACGUGAUACAGAAUCACAUUCUGAGAGUCGACCCCAUCCUCCUCGAAAUUAUCCUAAACCCGAAAAUUCCCCAGCUCCUGACACGCCUGCUAAUACGGAUGCAUCUACUAAACCGUUACUUGAUAAAGGUGGUGGAAGCACUAUGGCUUCUUCAACUAUGACAUCACAACAAAGUGCUAGCGUCUCAGAAAAACAGCCUCUAAUCCCAGACUCAAAGAACGAUGAAAAGGCCAAGUUUGUUACUCCCGAGAUAAAAGUCCCUCCUCAACUUCGUCAUCAAAAAGAACCUGAAAACAGUCUCCAGAACCCUCCUUCUAGCAGUACUGUCCUAAUACCCAAGGCUCCAACAAAUAAUCGUCCUGAAGAAAAGAAAGUAACACUUGCUCCUCCUGUUUUACGAGUUGUGCCACCUGCUAAUAAUCAAAAUCAAGAAAUCAAUCAGGAUUCUGAAGAGGGUCAGUUAUCGUACAUAUUAUCUAGAGCUAUAGGAUCCUCCACUACUUACCGUAGCUUGGCAGCUGGAAACAAAAGUGGGGAUGAGAAGAAGGGACAAUGAAAAAGACAAGAUAUGAUGAAACUGUUUAUUUUAAAACUCUGUAGCUGCUUUUUUGCUAUUAGUUAAUGCUUAGUUAGUGUGUGUAGUUAUAUAAUGCUGCUUUUGCUAUUAGGUCUAUAGUUACAGUAAUGCUGCUUUUUGUUAUUAA